UUCUUACUUUAUUCAAGUGUUAAUUGGAGACUCACGGAAAAUGAUUCAAGUGGAUCUUUUGGAGUUUCAUAAAACCCUACAAUGCAGUUGCUGCAGGAGGAGUGACAACAUACCAUUGCCAUCAAUGCCUGAUACCUCUAUUAUGUACACUCUGGCUCAGGAGCAUGGCGAUCUUAUCAAUCUUCAUGACUGGUUCCAGUCUUUCAAAACCAUUGUCAUUCAGUACAGCAGAAAGGGGACAAGCAAACUGGAAAAGUCCCCACUUAAGAAAAGAAAGGAAAAGAAUGAAUCUGAAAACAAGAGUUGAGAUUGAAGUGUAAAGGUUGGAGCAGCCAAGUCAAGUAAGCUCAAAGAGAUCAUUCUGAAAAAGAAGUUGGAAAUGGAGGACAAGCUGUUGGAUGCUCCACUGGACACACUAGGUGCUGCUGCCUUGGCACUACACUAUGCAAGUAUGAGAGAACAUUAGUGGCAAAGUUUCUCUCGAUCGCGACUAUUUGAUUGUAUCAUCUUUUGCUAUCUUUUAAUGUAAUUAGCUAGAAUGCAGCAGCCAUCAAGCUA